AUGGCCGAGUCCCAGCUGAGCUGCCUGGACGAGGCGCACGUGAACGAGAGGGUGACCGAGGCGCAGGCCGCCUUCUACUACUGCGAGCGGCGGCGGGCCGCGCUGGAGGCGCUGCUGGGCGGCGGCGAGCAGGCCUACCGCGAGCGGGUCAAGAAGGAGCGGCUGCGGGACUUCCUCUCCAGCCAGGAGCGGCAGGCCCUCCGCGCCGCCUGGAUUCCCUACGAGGACGUCGCCGCCGCCGCCGCCGCCCGGGGCAAGAGCAAGGCCAAAGCCAAAGCCCCGGCGCAGGCCCCGGCCGAGCCCGGCGAGUCCCUGGCCUACUGGCCCGACCGCUCCGAUACCGAGGUGCCCCCCCUGGACUUGGGCUGGACCGACGCGGGAUACUACCGCGGCGUGAGCCGCGUCACCCUCUUCACUCACCCCCCCAAGGAGGAUAAGGCGCCGCACCUCAAGCAGGUGGUCAGGCAGAUGAUCCAACAGGCCCAGAAGGUCAUAGCUGUGGUCAUGGACCUCUUCACUGAUGGCGAGAUCUUCCAAGACAUUGUGGAUGCUGCCUCUAAGCGCCGGGUACCAGUGUACAUCAUCCUAGACGAGGCAGGCGUGAAGUACUUCCUGGAGAUGUGUCAGGACCUGGAGCUUGCUGACUUCCGUAUUCGGAACAUCCGUGUCCGCUCUGUGACAGGUGUUGGCUUCUACAUGCCCAUGGGGAAGAUCAAGGGGACCCUGUCAUCCAAGUUCCUAAUGGUGGAUGGUGAAAAAGUAGCCACUGGAUCCUACAGGUUCACCUGGAGUUCCUCUCACGUGGACAGGAACCUACUCCUCCUCCUCACGGGGCAGAACGUGGAGCCCUUCGACUUGGAGUUCCGGGAGCUGUACGCCAUCUCCGAGGAGGUGGACUUGUACCAGCAGCUGGGCCUGGCGGGAGGCGCUGGCAGGCUCGGCCUCAACUACUCCUCCACCGUGGCCCGCAAGCUCAUCAACCCCAAGUACGCCCUGGUGGCAGGCAGCCGCCACCCGCCCGGGGAGAUGAUGCGCUGGGCCGCCCGGCAGCAGCGGGAAGCCGGCGGCUACCCGGAGGGGCAGGAGGAGGCCAGCAGGGGUGGCGAGUCCGCCCGGCGCCUGGAGAGCUUCCUGCAUGACCUGGUCACGCUGGAGCAGGUGCUGCCCCCUGUGGAGCCCAUUCCCAUGGGAGAGCUGACUCGGAAGGAUGGCAGGGUGGUCUCCAACCUGGACCUGAAGCCCAAACCCCGAGAGACACUCGCCCAACACGGCAAGGGAGAAGCUAAUGGGGAGGCCACCCUGGCCAAGGAGGGCAGGCGGUUCAGCAGCAAGUUCUUCAGCCGACGAAUCAAGAGGCCUGCAGCGCCCAACGGCACAGCCAGCGCCCUCUCCCCCGAGACCUUGGCCGAGGUGGAAUUUAUGAGGGGGAAGAGGCCCAACGAGGGCUCCAGUGCUGACGUCUCAGGUAAAACAAGUCCCAGCCCUGCCAAGGCCAGCAAUUGCGUGAUUUCCUGAGCCAAGGGCUAGCUGUCGGCAGGACCUGUGGGUGCCCCUGUUCCGUCCUGUGGAGAACACAGGUCAAAGCCUGCACCAGUUUGCACAUCGGACCCCUACUGGCCUCCUGCCCCAGCAGCCUCCAUCCUGGCCUCAGGGACCUUGAAUCCCAGAUAUGAGGGUCUGCAGCAUCCCAAGAUUGUCACAUGCCUCCACAAGACUGUCUUGGCUGGGCAGGGGUCACCCCUUGUUUACAUGAAGUGGAAGCUUGACCAGUGUCCUCUCUCCUUUAUGCCCAGCACCACCCCCUGCUGCAGGCCCCCAGACCGGGAGAGCCCGUGUCUUCAUACCUUAAUGUGAAAUGUGAUGGGUCUCCAGGGCAGCCUCCACCCCUGACUUCCCCUUCCCUGGGCUUCCUGGUGCUGCUGGUCCCCCAAGAGGUUUGGUGGAACAGAAGGAAGAGGACAGGGCUCUGAGCCAGGGUUCCAGUCUCGCUCUGUCCUCUGAACUCGAGGCAGAAGAUGCAGUGAGGACAGCCAGGGGACUGGCUGCUGUGGCCUUCCUGGCCCGUCCCUGCAGGCUUCUGCACUAGACUCUGGAUGGAGUGAGGGGAAGGCCUCGCCCCAGCCAGCGGCAGAAUUUGACCCGGCCAUGGUGAGAGCCCAGUACUGAAGUCUCCUUUCCCUCUCCCAGCACCAUCCUGGCAGGCUCCGCCCCGAGUGGACCAGGCCUCCUUGGCUGCUGCCUGCUGCAAGCCAGUGAUCUGGAGGUUCUUCUAGUGCCUUUACCUGAGGUGGCUCCCUACCUCUUGUGCCUUGAUUUGCAGCCCAAAGCAGGGAGAGAGAGCCUGGCUGAUGUCCCAUGGUGUGGGAGGCUAGGCCCUGUCGCCAGGAUCGUUUGCCCUUCGCCCACCCCAGAGAUGGCCCUCGGUCCCCUUUGCCAGCCAAGACUCAUGUGCCUUCUCUAGUUACAUUUCAGUCGAAGACCAGCCAUGACCUCCUACCAAAGUCAGACUGUAUUGAGGAGCCUCAGUUUCCUGAAAGGGCCUGGCCUAACUGACACAAAGACCAGCCUAACCGUGCACACUGCUCCUUCUUCCCUUGUGUGACAGGAAGGGGGGAUGGAUCUGCAGAGAGACUUCUCAAGUGGACAACAGAGAAACUGCCAAACUGCAGGCUCUGUGGCCGGCCCUGCCGGCCCAGGUGCUGGCGGAUCAGAGCCGCUGGGGAGCCCAGGGCUGGAGUGCCUGGGAGAGCACCCGGCUCAGCCUCUCUCAGCCUCCUACUCCAGAACCAAACUCUUGUCCUCCUGUCUUUCCUUCUGCAAGACCCCGGGGCACCAGCAGCACCUUGAGGAGGGGCCCAGAUGUCUGCUGGCACCUGAUAUGGGAGGAACAAAGGGAGUACUGAGCAUCCUCUGAGAGGAGCCCGGCCUCCCUGGUGGGGGAGAGGGGCAGGGAAAGGAAGGGUGCACCUGUCCUGGGGGGCGAGGGGCCCUGACCCACCUCCCUGAGCUUCU